AUGCUUUCAUGCAACACCUGUGCGUCAGUCAACCGUAUUUCUGACAUGAACAUCGUGUGUAUCACGCCCUCGCAUCCUAUCGGGUGAUACAAUCGGCGCUCAUAACAAAUGGAGUUACUUUGCAAAAUAAGACCUCAAAGAUGUUUAAACUGAGUGCGGCUUGUAAGAACCUCCGAUGCCCUCCGGUCUCAAAACCAAUAUGUGUACAACUGGUCUACCAUAAGGUGUUCAAACCUAGGGCUCCCGUCUAUGUAAUGAUGAUAAAUAAGUGUGAAAUGAAGUACAUUAACUGCUAUCAAGGUAUAGAUGCUGUACAAAUGCCAAUGGCGCAUUGUGAUCACAACCUUAAUAAAACUAAAUCUGACGAAAAGAAUAAGUUGAAGACGAAAUAUGCAAAAGAAAAAGAAAUCGCAACCUUGACAGAUAAAAGAGGCAAACCAAGGCUGAAAAGAAGUGCAGACCAGGAACAAUUAGAAAGUAGGAAACAGAUUCUAAAAAAAAACGAUCAGCCGAGGAUGGUGGGGUUAAGAACAUCGAUACCUAAAAUUGUACGAAGCAGGCGAGACAUCAGCACGCCGAAAACUAUAAAUCACGCAAUACUGUCAAAGAAACAAGAAUUACAACAUUUGGACAAAGCCAAGGCGGCCAUACUAUCAAGUAAACCAGUCGUCAACAAGUCCACAAUAAAAAAAGUCAAAACAAAACAACAGAAGCUAAAGACCAAACAAUUAAAAUUGAAGUCACUGAAAAGUUCAGAUAAAAAAUCCAUUCGAGGAAAGAAUAAGAGAUUUGUGAAACUAAAUGAAGGAAAUAAACCAAAAAAAUUAAAGCGUAAAAUUUGGCCAAAGCGAAAGAAACGACCAAAACCGAAGAUAACUAUACCGCCGGUUGAUAUUUACACGCCAGCACCGGAUUAUCAAAAAUUUGGAUCCUACGAAAACGAUGGCAAAGCUGUUUUAUACAACGAAGAAUCACAAGAAGAGGUGAUAAGUCAGGAAAAGACAGAUACAUUUUAUACGAUUCCGGAUUUCGAAGAAAAUACCGCCCUCGAUACAAAUGAAGAUGAACCAGAACCAGCCAACGUGGAGCCGGAUGAAGUUGAUGAACCACCACCCACCGAGGAGCCGGUGGAGGUUGAAGAACUACCUGAUACCGGCGAGGAUGAUUACGUCUACACCGUGGAAGAUACUACAGAUGACAUUGACAUGAACGAGUAUAACUCGACAUGUCCGAACAUGUGCCCGGCAAAAGCUGUCAUGGUGUGCGCCAAAUGCAAGGACAACAACUACAGGACAUUCCUCUCCAUAUGUUACAUGAGAGUGUUUAAUUGCAAACACCCAGAAGAAGGAUUACAAUUGGUAGCUCGGCGACCAUGUGCCAUGUCAGCUCCGUUCCUAGGAGACCUUCAGACCCCCAAGGGUCUCAUCGAAGAGCCUGGGGACUAUGACGUCAUCCUCAAAUAUUUUAAAUGCAAAGACCAGGAUUGGAAAAAACUUAGACCUUGGUCCCGUUUGAACUGCACCUUCUAAACAGAUUAAAAAUGGAAAAGGUACUUGUACAUUGUUGAUACAAUAAAAAGUAAAAUUA